AUGGAUUUUGCCAGCCGCCACGCCGCAGCGGAGGCGGCCACGUCGGCCGCCGCCUCCGCCGCCGCCCCCGCGGGGGUCGCCGAGGAGCCCGAGUACCUCGCCCGGUACCUUGUCGUCAAGCACUCGUGGAGGGGAAGGUACCGCCGGGUCCUUUGCAUCGCCUCUUCCGGCGUCGUCACGCUCGACCCCACCACGCUCAACCUCACCAAUUCCUACGAUGCCGGCUCCGAGUUCGACCACGCUGAGGCUCUCGCCGCCACCGACGAGUUCACGCUCGCAGUCCGCACCGAUGCCCGCGGCAAGUUCAAGCCCAUGCGCUUCUCGUCCCCGCUCCGCCCGGGGAUCCUCACCGAACUCCACCGCCUCCGCCCAGUCCAGGCCUCCUUCGACUUCCCCGUCCUCCACCUCCGCCGACGCACCCACGAGUGGGCCCCCUUCAAACUUAAGGUCACUCCUGUGGGUGUUGAGCUCCUUGAGGCUUCUGGUGAUAUGCGCUGGUGCUUGGACUUCAGAGAUAUGAAUUCUCCGGCAAUUGUGCUCUUGGGGGAUAGCUAUGGGAGGAAGACUACUGAAGGUGGAGGGUUUGUGCUAUGCCCUCUUUAUGGUAGGAAGUCAAAAGCUUUUAUGGCUGCUUCAGGAACUACAAACACUGCAAUUAUAUCGCAUCUGACGAAAACUGCCAAAUUAAAGAUUGGACUAUCACUAUCUGUGGAUAAUUCACAAUCAAUGAAAACGGACGACUUCAUAGCAAAAAGAGCUAUUGAGGCAGUUGGAGCUGCUGAAACACGACAUGGAGAGUGGUCAGUAACAAGAUUACGUUCUGCUGCGCGUGGCACUGCUAGUAUUGAGAGCUUAAGUUUGGGUGUUGGACCAAGGGGUGGGCUUGGAGAACAGGGUGAUUCUGUCUCUCGUCUGCUUGUUCUUACAAGCACUUCACUUGUUGAAAGACGUCCAGAGAACUAUGAGGCUGUCAUUGUACGAUCGCUCUCAGCAGUAAGUGCUCUUGUUCGAUUUGCAGAAGAACCGCAGAUGUUUGCAUUUGAAUUCAAUGAUGGCUGCCCAAUUCAUGUAUAUGCAAGCACUUCCCGUGAUAAUCUACUUGCAACAGUUCUUGAUGUUUUACAAAACCAGAGACAGUGUGCAAUUCCAGUGCUACCAAGGUUAACAAUGCCUGGUCAUCAGAUAGAUCCGCCUUGCGGGGUAGCACAUCUUCAGAUGCCCCAUCAUGGUUCUGUUGAUAUGGAGUCUGCUACCAUGCACAUAAAACAUUUGGCUACAGUUGCUAAAGAGGCUGUAGCGUCAUCUGACACUGUUCCUGGAGCAAAAAUCAGAUUGUGGCGUAGAAUAAGGGAGUUUAAUGCAUGUGUACCAUACACUGGAGUGCCUGUCAAUAUUGAAGUACCCGAAGUGGUCUUAAUGGCCUUAAUCAGUCUUCUUCCGAUCAUACCACAAAGCCUUCCUGCUGAUGCUCCUCCUCUUCCGCCUCCAUCUCCAAAAGCAGCAGCAACAAUAAUGGGUUUUGUUGCAUGCUUACGCAGGCUACUUACAUCAAGAAGUGUGGCAUCACAUGUGAUGGCAUUUCCUGUCGCUGUUGGGAGAAUAAUGGGUUUGCUUAGGAAUGGUUCGGAAGGAGUAGCAGCUGAAGCUGCUGGACUUGUGGCUAUGCUAAUUGGUGGUGGUCCUGGUGAUUCAUCUAUCUUAUUAAUGGAUACAAGGGGAGAAUCCCAUGCCACCUACAUGCAUGCAAAGUCUGUACUGUUCUCGCAACCAAUGUAUGUUCCGAUCCUUGUUAACAGGUUGAGUCCAAUAUCGGUGUCACCAUUGUUAUCUCUGUCUGUUGUGGAAGUCCUUGAAGCUAUGCUUUGUGAACCCCAUGGUGAAACAACCCAACAUGCUACAUUUGUUGAGCUAUUGCGGCAAGUUGCUGGUUUGCGCCGUCAUUUGUUUGCAUUAUUUGCACAUCCAGCUGAAAGUGUGCGAGAGACUAUUUCUGUUAUAAUGCGUACAAUUGCUGAAGAAGAUGCAAUAGCGGCAGAGUCCAUGCGUGAUGCUGCCUUGAAGGAUGGUGCUCUUCUGAGGCAUUUACUAAAUGCUUUCUUCUUUCCUGCUGGAGAACGACGUGAUGUUAGUCAGCAACUUGUUGCUCUUUGGGCUGAUUCCUAUCAACCUGCACUUGAUUUGCUAUCAAGAAUACUUCCUCCUGGACUUGUUGCUUAUCUCCAUACACGUUCAGAUGAAGAUUCACAGAGCCAGUAUGAUGAAGCACCGUUGAGCAGAAGGCAGAGACGAAUACUUCAGCAGAGGAGGGUUCGUGGUAGUAAAAGUAUGGCAGUACAAGAACAAGGGAUACCCCCCAAUGGUGUUGAGGAUGGGGAACCCUUCAGGCACACCAGUGUGGGCACUUACGGAGGAGCAGAUGUUCAUCAGAGGCAUGUUGGCCCGUACUCUUCCACCCACUCUCCUUUGCCAGGUAUAAACAUUGAUCCUUCUCACACAGUUUCAGUUCCACAUGGUUCUGUACCUGAGGCCCUUUCUGAAAAUAAUCAUCAAAUUGGGGCACCACAGCUGGAUUCACAUGUUUAUUCAGUGGACUGCAAUGCCAAUGGCAAUCUUGUCAGCUCAUCGCAUUCAGAUUUUUCAGUCCCUGCACAGGUUGUGGUGGAAAACACUCCUGUGGGAUCUGGCAGGCUCCUGUGCAAUUGGUAUGGAUUUUGGAGGGCAUUCAGUCUAGAUCACAACAGAGCAGAUUUGAUAUGGAAUGAACGCACCAGACAGGAAUUGAGGGAAGCAUUGCAAACUGAAGUUCAUAACCUGGAUGUCGAGAAAGAAAGAACAGAUGACAUUGUCCCUGGAAGUUCAGUCACUGAGGAUGCUGGUGGUAGUGACAACUUACCUCGUAUUUCAUGGAAUUAUGCUGAAUUUUCAGUGAGCUACCCAAGCUUGUCCAAAGAAGUCUGUGUGGGGCAAUACUAUUUGCGGCUGCUGCUUGAAAGUGGAAGCAACUAUCGAGCACAUGAUUUUCCACUACGUGAUCCUGUUGCCUUUUUUAGAGCUCUGUACCAUCGAUUUUUGUGUGACGCAGAUAUUGGUCUUACUGUGGAUGGUGCAGUACCUGAUGAGUUGGGGUCAUCUGAUGAUUGGUGUGACAUGGGGAGAUUAGAUGGCUUUGGUGGUGGUGGAGGAUCUUCUGUAAGAGAACUCUGUUCAAGGGCGAUGGCUAUAGUUUAUGAGCAACAUUACAAAGUUAUUGGGCCUUUUGAUGGCACUGCACAUAUUACUGUCCUCUUAGACCGAACAGAUGAUAGGGUGUUGAGGCAUCGUUUGCUACUACUUUUAAAGGCCUUGAUGAAUGACCUUUCAAAUGUUGAAGCAUGUGUUUUGGUUGGAGGCUGUGUUUUGGCUGUUGAUUUGCUUACUGUUGCACAUGAAACAUCUGAGCGGACAGCUAUUCCUUUGCAAUCUAACCUCAUUGCGGCAACUGCAUUUAUGGAACCUUCAAAAGAGUGGAUGUACAUUGAUAAAGAUGGCACACAAGUUGGGCCACUUGAAAAGGAUGCAAUAAGAAGGCUGUGGUCAAAGAAGUCAAUUAAUUGGACAACAAAAUGUUGGGCUUCUGGUAUGUCUGACUGGAAAAGGUUACGGGAUAUACGGGAACUGCGAUGGGCACUUUCUGUAAGAGUGCCUGUUUUGACUCCUACUCAGAUUGGGGACGCUGCAUUAUCUAUAUUACACAGUAUGGCAUCUGCACGGUCUGAUCUUGAUGAUGCAGGUGAAAUAGUAACUCCAACUCCUAGGGUGAAACGUAUAUUGUCAAGUCCAAGAUGCCUUCCUCAUGUGGCCCAGGUUAUGCUUACUGGGGAACCAAGCAUUGUUGAAGCAGCUGCCUCAUUGCUUAAGGCUAUUGUUACAAGAAACCCUAAAGCUAUGAUUCGAUUAUAUAGUACUGGUGCCUUUUACUUUGCAUUGGCGUAUCCUGGUUCAAAUCUCCUAUCAAUUGCACAGUUGUUUUCGGCCACACAUACUCAUCAAGCUUUUCAUGGUGGUGAAGAGGCAGCACUAUCUUCAUCUUUGCCUUUGGCAAAGCGUAGUGUACUGGGUGGACUGCUCCCAGAAUCUUUGCUGUAUGUCUUGGAGCGCAGUGGCCCUUCUGCUUUUGCGGGUGCAAUGGUGUCUGAUUCUGACACACCAGAAAUUAUAUGGACCCACAAGAUGCGAGCAGAAAACCUUAUUCGUCAGGUUCUGCAGCAUCUCGGUGACUUUCCUCAGAAAUUGGAACAGCAUUGCCAUUCGUUGUAUGAUUAUGCUCCUAUGCCACCUGUGACUUACCCGAAUCUGAAAGAUGAGAUGUGGUGCCAUCGUUACUACCUCCGUAACCUAUGUGAUGAGAUUAGGUUUCCUAACUGGCCCAUUGUAGAACACGUGGAGUUUUUGCAGUCAUUGUUGGUAAUGUGGCGUGAAGAGUUAACUCGUCGUCCAAUGGAUUUAUCUGAAGAAGAAGCCUGUAAGAUACUGGAGAUUUCUCUUGAUGAUCUUGUGCUUGGUGAGAAUGGUAGCAGCAAGCAGUCAUCUGACUUAAGUUCUUCUAAUUCCGGAAACAAAAUUGAAAACAUUGAUGAGGAGAAGCUUAAGCGCCAAUACCGAAAGCUAGCAAUAAAAUAUCAUCCAGACAAGAACCCUGAAGGAAGGGAGAAGUUUGUUGCUGUGCAAAAGGCUUAUGAGCGAUUGCAGGCUAGUAUGCAGGGAUUGCAGGGACCACAACUCUGGAGGCUGCUACUCUUGCUGAAGGCACAAUGCAUCUUGUACAAGAGAUAUGGAGAUGUCUUGGAACCAUUCAAAUAUGCUGGUUAUCCUAUGUUGCUAAAUGCAGUUACUGUAGAUAAGGAUGACAGCAAUUUUCUUUCAUCUGAUAGGGCCCCUCUUCUGAUAGCUGCUUCGGAGCUAAUUUGGCUGACAUGUGCAUCAUCUUCAUUAAAUGGAGAAGAACUGAUAAGGGAUGGUGGCAUCCCCUUGUUGGCAACACUUCUUUCUCGCUGUAUGUGCAUUGUUCAGCCCACAACACCUGCAAAUGAACCAGCUGCAAGAAUAGUCACCAACAUAAUGCAUACCUUCUCUGUUCUCAGUCAGUUUGAGUCAGGAAGAGUUGAGAUUCUUAAGUUUGGUGGCCUUGUUGAGGACAUUGUGCAUUGUACAGAACUUGAAUUUGUUCCCUCAGCAGUGGAUGCUGCGCUGCUGACAGCUGCGAAUGUUUCGGUGUCGUCUGAGUUGCAAAAUGCUCUGCUCAGGGCUGGAUUUUUAUGGUAUGUGCUACCCCUGCUGCUUCAAUACGAUUCGACAGCAGAAGAGAAUGAGACAUGCUCUUCUACUCCAAAGCUUGCUGACAUGCUGAGAAACCACCCACCUAAAGAGUUAUUAUCAAAUCUAAAUUCAAAUUUGGAAUCACCAGAGAUCAUAUGGAAUUCAUCCACCAGAGGGGAGCUUCUCAAAUUUGUAGACCAGCAGCGUGCUAGUCAAGGCCCUGAUGGUUCAUAUGAUUUGACAGAAUCACAGUCUUUCACCUAUGAAGCUUUAUCCAAAGAAUUGAACGUUGGUAAUGUAUACUUGAGAGUUUACAACAAUCAACCGGAUUUUGAAAUAAGUGAUCAGGAGGAAUUUUGCAUUGCCCUGCUUAAGUUUAUAGCAGAGUUAGUACAACAGUGGAAUUCCAUUAAUUUGGAGGAGACGAUUCAUCAACAUGAUUCAGUUAUCGAAGCAUCUAUUUCUGAAAAUGAUGAAGUCCGUGAUUCGACUAAUGAAGGAAAAAUGGAUAAUUCAUCAGGAAAACAAAGUACAGAUGGAGAUUCUGAAGUUAUUAUAAACCUCCAAAGUGGGCUAACAUCACUUCAGAAUCUUCUUACAAGUAAUCCAGGCUUAGCUGCUGUUUUUGCUUCCAAGGAGCGUCUGAUUCCUCUUUUUGAAUGCCUUGCACUGCAUGUUCCUCCUGAAAGCAGCAUCCCACAAAUCUGUUUAAGUGUUCUUUCUCUGUUGACUAAGCAUGCUCCUUGUUUGGAGGCUAUGGUUGCAGAAAGGAUGAGCCUCAUUUUGCUAUUUCAGAUACUCCACUGCAAUCCUCCUUGCAGGGACGGAGCUCUUGCUGUACUGUAUUCUUUAGCCAGCACACCAGAGCUUGGCUGGGCUGCUGCCAAGCAUGGUGGUGUUGUUUACAUUCUUGAACUUAUGUUACCACUUCAAGAGGAAAUCCCUAUGCAGCAAAGAGCUGCAGCUGCAUCCUUAUUGGGCAAACUUGUUGGGCAACCAAUGCAUGGCCCCAGGGUGGCAAUCACCCUUGCCAGGUUCCUGCCUGAUGGUUUAGUUUCUGCCAUUAAAGAUGGACCUGGUGAAGCUGUUGUUUCUUCUCUUGAACAGACAACGGAAACUCCUGAACUAGUAUGGACACCCGCAAUGGCAGCUUCUCUUUCUGCACAGUUGGCAACAAUGGCAUCAGACCUCUAUCAAGAGCAGAUGAAAGGACGUGUUGUUGAUUGGGAUGUACCUGAACAAGCAUCUGGCCAACAUGUAAUGAAGGAUGAACCACAGGUUGGUGGAAUUUAUGUAAGACUUUUUCUUAAGGACCCCAAGUUUCCACUGAGAAACCCUAAAAGAUUCCUUGAAGGACUCCUAGAUCAGUAUGUCUCCUCUGUUGCUGCUACACAUUAUGAAGCAAUUGCUACAGAUCCAGAGCUUCCUUUGCUACUGUCCGCGGCAUUGGUUUCCUUACUACGAGUUCAUCCAGCACUUGCUGACCAUGUUGGCUACCUCGGUUAUGUUCCAAAGCUUGUUGCGGCUAUGGCUUAUGAGGGAAGAAGGGAAACUAUGGCAUCUGGGCAGGCUACCAGUGGAUCGCAGGCAGAACCUAGCGAACAUGACAACUCAGCUCACUCUGAGGCUACUGUGCAGACUCCACAAGAACGUGUUCGCCUUAGUUGUUUGCGUGUUCUGCAUCAGCUUGCGUCUAGCACAACCUGUGCAGAAGCUAUGGCAGCAACAAGUGCAGGAACUCCUCAGGUCGUACCACUGCUUAUGAAAGCAAUUGGAUGGCAAGGUGGAAGUAUACUGGCAUUGGAGACAUUAAAGCGUGUAGUCGGUGCUGGUAAUCGGGCUCGUGAUGCUCUUGUUGCACAGGGGCUUAAGGUUGGUCUUGUUGAAGUGCUCCUUGGUAUUCUUGAUUGGCGUGCUGGUGGAAGACAGGGACUCUGUAGUCAAAUGAAGUGGAAUGAAUCAGAGGCUUCAAUUGGGCUUGUUUUGGCUGUGGAGGUGCUUCAUGCUUUUGCAACCGAAGGUGCACACUGUGCUAGAGUUCGUGAAGUCCUGAAUUCCUCUGAUGUAUGGAGUGCUUACAAGGACCAGAAGCACGACCUUUUCCUUCCAUCCAAUGCACAAUCUUCUGCUGCUGGAGUUGCUGGGCUCAUUGAGAGCUCAUCAUCAAGACUCACUUAUGCCCUCACCGCACCACCACCUCAACCUUCAUUGGUCCGGCUGCCAUCUUCUUCUCCUUCUCCACCAUCAGCUCCUGCAAACCCUAGUGGACGGCAUUCUUAUCAGCAUUCCUAG